UGCUAAUGGUCACCAGGCAGGACUUUCAGAGUCAUUUAGAGAUAAGAAACUAAACUAUUGUCACAGUGCACAAAAUGAGAGUAUUCAAAUCAUUGAACCAGAGAACAGUUCAGAGGAAAACACUGACAGGCUUAAACCAAUCAAAACUUUGCCGAAGCCCACAAGUAAACAAAGAUUCAAUCUUUAUAAACGCCCAAAUUUUGAAAAAAUGAUUCAUGUUUCUCCAGGUCAAACGGGAAUGUUGCCCAUCACUGGCUCUCCCAGCACAUCUGUCCCCAACAUGAACACACCCUAUGGUACUAGCCAAAUGUUGACAGGAUCUAAAAGUCUGAAUGUCAGAAACAAAUUAGUUUUUGUUAAUGGGAGCCCCAUAAUUGAAAAAAAUCUGAUAAAUCCGCCAGUCCCUGAAUUCAUGGAAGUGGAAUCACAACCUACUGAAGAUGAAACGGCUUCAAAUGCCAAAGAUGAAUUAAGUCCCUCAAACCUCAACUCUUCUCAAAUCCGCAGUGGCCCACCUCCGCCCGCUAUUUAUUGUAGCAGACCAACAACUAUUAUUAACAAAAGCAUACUCUCUAACAGCUCUGAGACCACCAACAAAUCGUUGGAUGUAGUUCAGCUUACACUCAAAUCUAAGGAGGUGAGCGCACUAGAAUCUGAUCUAAUUCAAAUAGAGCCUGAUCAGGGAUUGACCAGAAAGCAUCUUGUACUUGUGCCUGAUAGCUGUAUUGAGGAUUUAAAGAAAAGUGAUGCUGAUAUUUCAAUGGCAGAGGCAGAAACAGUUAUUUUGGACUCAGUAGACUUAGUAGAGAGCAGUUCCAUGGGGAACUCGACAGCAGGUCUUAUUUCUGAGAGAUCUUUGAUUGUACCUGAUUCUUGUCUUGAGCAUUCUAACAAACCAGAGACUGAGAAAUCCAAGACAGAUAAAGUUAUACUGGAGACAAUAGUUGUCAUGGAAACAAGUAAACAGAGACUGGAAAGAUUUAUAGAGAGUACGGGGUUGGCUGGGAGUGAAGACACAAGAAAUGUCAGGGCGACCCAAGCAUUUGUGUCAGAAACACAGUCUACCGUCAGUCCAGGUGGGGGGCUUAUUCAAAAUGAGAUCAACCAAGAAGCAUUUAAUCAAAG